AUGAAUAAGCAUACAUACAUAUAUACAAACACAACAUCGAUUGAUAUCAGUUUUUUUCUAACUGGCAAAAACAACACGACAGCCAUCAACAACAACAACAAUACUAAUACUCAUAGUAAUAGUAGUAGUAGUAGUAGUAGUCAUGUGACGACAACCACGCCAAACAGUAGUUGUGUAUUUAAUAUUGGAAUUAGUAGUGGAAGUCAUAAUAAUAAUAAUAAUAAUAAUAAUUUUAGUAGUAGUGGUGGUAUAAGUAGUCAUAGAUUGAAUAAUAGUAGUGCUAUAAGUAGUAGUAAUAGUAUUAAUAGUAGUAGUGAUAGUAGUAGUAAUAAUAAUAAUAGUUUAAAUACAUCAUCAUCAACAUUACCAAUAGAGAUUCCAUCGACUGCCAAUAGACUGCUCGAUGUAAAUAAAGAAUAUCACAUAUGCAAUACAAACUUUAGCAAAAAGUCGAUUGAAUUCAAUCGAUCGCUCAAUUCAUCACCUACACUACUCUCUAUUUUCGCACAACCCAACAACAGUAGUACGGCCACACCACAAUCGCCGGUAUCUCCACUGUCAAGCUCACCUUUCCACCCAAUUUCACUGUCAACCACACCAACACCAACAUCAACACCACCAAAUCCCUAUCAAACAUUAAGUAGUAUUUUUGAAGAUCAACAACAACAACAAACAACAACUAGUAGUUUUAAUAACAACAACAAAGAAUUGAUUAACAAUAGUAGUAAUGGUUAUGAUAAUUUAUCAACAUCUCCGGCAUUGGAUUCAUCGGCAGUUGCAGAACAACAACAAUCGACAACACCAUCAUCGAUUCAAUCACAGAGAAAGCGAAAAGACUUGACCUAUUUAUGUAAAUAUCCAUGUAUUUUAGAUUUGAAGAUGGGUGUAAGACAACAUGGAAACGAUGCACCCCCUGAAAAAAUGUAUAAUAUGGAGUCAAAGUGUAAAGCAACAACCUCAGCAUCACUUGGAUUUAGAGUCUGUGGUUUAAAAAUAUUCGAUCAGAGAACAUCACAAUAUCAAACAUUUGAUAAAUACUAUGGAAGAAAAUUGCAACCCAGUGAUAUUCCAAUGGUUAUUUGUAAAUUCUUGGACAAUGGUAUUAGAUUGCGAACUGAGCUACUGACAGCCAUUGCAAAGCGAUUGAAUCAAUUGGUGUCACUCUUUGAGCAACAACAAUGCUAUAAGUUUUAUGGUGGAUCACUACUUUUCAUCUACGAUGGUCAGAGUAACAACAUGCAGUCUUCGAAAUUAAAUAUAAAAAUGGUAGAUUUUGCACAUGCCAGUCCCAACGCUAAACAUUCACACAGCAACAACAACAACAGUAAUAACAAUGAAGAAACUGAAAAUAAUAACAGUAAUAAUAAUAAUAAUAAUAAUAACAAUAACAGUGAUUUGGAUGAAGGAUAUUUAUUUGGUUUGAGAAAUCUCUUGAAAAUAAUCAAUACAUUGAUACAACUCUCAGUUUCAACCAACACUCAAAAUACUAUAUAA